CUCGCUGCUGUUCACGUCACCAGCGCAUCAGCCAAUGGGAGAGAGCCGCAUUCAUUUCACGUCUUACGUACGCUGGCUACUAGCCUGCUAAUUAGCUUGCUAACCAGAAAGAAGAUGGAUUCUCCCAUUCUGGAACCAUCCUUGUACACUGUCAAAGCUGUUCUCAUUCUGGACAACGAUGGAGACCGGCUCUAUGCUAAGUAUUAUGAUGAUACAUACCCCACAGUGAAAGAGCAGAAGGCAUUUGAGAAGAAUAUUUUCAACAAAACACACCGGACAGACAGUGAGAUAGCAUUACUGGAGGGCCUCACUGUUGUCUACAAGAGCAACAUAGACCUCUUCUUUUAUGUGAUUGGAAGCUCACACGAAAAUGAGCUUAUGCUGAUGGCCGUUCUAAAUUGUCUUUUUGACUCACUCAGUCAGAUGUUGAGGAAGAAUGUUGAGAGGAGGGCUUUGUUGGAGAACAUGGAGGGCCUCUUUCUUGCUGUGGAUGAAAUUGUAGAUGGAGGAGUAAUCCUUGAGAGUGACCCGCAACAAGUUGUUCACCGCGUGGCUCUUAGAGGAGAUGAUGUGCCUUUGACAGAGCAGACAGUCACCCAGGUGCUUCAGUCUGCCAAAGAACAGAUCAAAUGGUCACUCCUUCGAUAGAGUCACUCCAGCACCAGCCGACCAAUGAGCCACUGUUCAUUCCAGUCAUCAUGGCACUGUUCCAUAUUCUCCCUUCUCCUCCGGUUUCCUCUGCUCCUGCAAUCCAAGCUGUGAGGACUGCAGUGGCUCAUCCAGUCACUCUUUGAGGAAUUCCUCGGCUAAACAAAUUGUCAUUUUUCUGUUGUUAUACUCUUUCCGCACGGGCUGUCAUUGUGUGGCAUAAUCAUGAGGUUAUGGUAUGCAUUCCAUCUUUUGGGUCAGGCCUGUCUGUUUCUUCUCUUCACAGAACCUUGGUGUGUAUUGAUAAAUUGUAUCUCUGUAAAACAUUAUGAUGACCAUUGUCAUAACCUGUGAUAACAUUCCGCAUUUUUCUUGGAGCAAGAAGUUUAUCCCAUGUGACAGCUCACUGUCAUCGCCUCAAGACUACUGUAUAAACUUAAGCACUGACUCUGUUAUACCGUUUCAGUUAUAUGAAUAUUGUGACAAAGCAUGUACAAUAGGGAGUACUGUAAGUAUACCACUGGUUGUGAAGGCAUGUAUUUGAUUUAUCCACGGGGUCAUCCAUCAUCAGAUACUUGGAAUAAAUACAUUUUUUGACAUUGGUACUCAAAAUGCUGUGAUGCUGAAAAACA